UCAAAAAGAAGAAGAAGAAGUGAGUGGAUUGGUGGAAAGUUUGGCGGACUUUAUCCUCCACGGAGAAGCAGUUUUUUGUUGAAGCCCCAUGGUCUGACUUCAGUUCAGCUUUAGUUACAAGUGACAGCGGCGGGAGUCUGCACCACCGACCGACAAACAGCAACCAUGUCCAUAACAAAUGGCCACACUCUGAGCAAAGAAACGUGGGAUUCUCACAACAAGAUGAUGCUGGAGCCUCUGUCCAUCAGCGACUCUGAGGUGUUUACCAUCAUAAAAAAAGAGAAGCACAGGCAGACGUACGGUCUGGAGCUGAUAGCGUCUGAGAACUUUGCCAGCCGAGCUGUUCUAGAGGCUCUGGGUUCCUGUAUGAACAACAAAUACUCUGAGGGAUAUCCUGGUCAGAGAUACUACGGUGGUACGGAGCAUGUUGAUGAGCUGGAGAGACUCUGUCAGAAAAGGGCGCUGGAGGCAUAUGGUCUGGACUCAGAGAAAUGGGGUGUCAAUGUGCAGCCAUACUCAGGUUCACCCGCCAACUUUGCUGUCUACACGGCCGUUGUUGAGCCACACGGCAGGAUCAUGGGACUAGACCUUCCCGACGGAGGUCACCUGACACACGGCUUCAUGACUGAGAAGAAGAAAAUCUCAGCAACGUCCAUCUUCUUUGAGUCCAUGCCGUAUAAGGUGAAUCCAGAAACUGGCUACAUUGACUAUGACAGACUGCAAGAAAACGCUCGGCUGUUCCACCCCAGACUCAUCAUUGCAGGAGUAAGCUGCUAUUCCCGCAACCUUGACUACGCCCGCAUGAAGCAGAUUGCUAAUGAGAACAGUGCGUAUCUGAUGGCAGACAUGGCUCACAUCAGUGGAUUGGUGGCUGCUGGAGUGGUGCCCUCACCCUUUGAGUGCUGCGACAUUGUUUCCACGACAACACACAAGACGCUGCGUGGCUGCCGCGCUGGACUCAUCUUCUACAGGAAAGGAGUGCGGAGUGUGGAUGCCAAGGGGAAGGAGACUCUCUACAACUUGGAGUCUUUGAUCAAUCAAGCUGUGUUUCCUGGGCUGCAGGGAGGACCACACAACCACGCAAUUGCAGGUGUUGCUGUAGCUCUCAAGCAAGCCAUGACACCAGAGUUCAAGGCCUACCAGAUGCAGGUUCUUGCUAACUGCAAAGCUCUGUCCAGUUCACUUAUUGACCACGGCUACAAGAUUGUCACGGGCGGCUCGGACAACCAUCUGAUCCUGCUGGACCUUCGCAGCAAAGGAACUGAUGGAGGACGAGCUGAGAAGGUUUUGGAAGCCUGUGCCAUCGCUUGUAAUAAGAACACCUGUCCAGGGGAUAAGAGCGCUUUGCGCCCCAGUGGUCUGAGGUUUGGCUCCCCGGCUCUGACCUCCAGAGGCUUGGUGGAAGAUGACUUCAGGAAGGUGGCUGAGUUCAUUCACAGAGGUAUUGUGCUGACUUUGGAAGUGCAGAGAAGCCUGGAUCCCAAGGCCACGCUGAAGGAGUUCAUCCACGCUCUGGCCCAGGGAGAGAAGUUCCAGCAGCAGGUAGCAGAAAUCAGGGCAGAGGUGGAGGCGUUUGCUGGUCAGUUCCCCAUGCCUGGGCUACCUGAGCUGUAGAAGCGAUAGUUCAGACACUGAUGACUUCUGGACUGAUGAUUGUAACAAACAUGAUGCCAAUUUUGGUGGUGUGCUGUCUCAUGUCUAUAUUUGUUUGAGUGUUCGCUUGUUAAAUCUGUCACUCCUCAAAUCAAAAAACUUCCUCAUGAGUUCACAGUGGUUCAGUUUCAGCUUGAAACAGAAUUGCAGACUUUAAUGUCCUCCAGUAAUUCAGUGUUGCUACUGUGCCUUUACUGUUUUACAGUAGAUGGUUUUGUUUUCCACUGUAGCUUUGGUCUCGAAUGUUCACACCACAUUUAAGCUUUAAUCUUGUCAGAAAUCUUUUGUAUUAAAUGUACAAUUCCAAAGUUACUGUACUGCAGGUUGAAACACAAAGCAUGACAAUUUGUUUCAUACUUGAGCACUCUACAUCAGACUGUAUAAGAAAUACAGUUUGAUUAGGAAAACAACCACAAUUGUUAAAUUUAAUUAAAGUGACCAUAAUGAACGAAA